AUGAAGCUUAACAUCGCAUACCCGCGGAAUGGCACGGUAAAGCAGUUUGAGGUGACCGACGAUGUUCUUCGUCGUGUUAACCUUGGCGAUUACCGUUUGGGAAACUCCGUCGACGGUGCUAUUUUUGGUGCUGCAUUUAAGGGAUACACCUUUAAGCUACGUGGUGGUUCUGACAAGGAAGGAUUUCCCAUGGUUCAGGGUGUGAUGGCUCCAAGCCGUGUUCCCCUCCUUGUAAAGCGUGGCGCCGUUGGAUUUAACGCCUUCCGUGGAUACCAGGGAGAGCGCCGCCGAAAGUCUCUCCGUGGCUGCAUUUUAGCCCAUGAUAUUGCCGUUCUUAACGUCAUUAUCGAGAAGCUUGGCGAACAACCUAUUGAAGGCGUAACAGAUGUUUCUCUUCCACGUCGCUUGGGUCCCAAGCGUGCGAACAACAUUCGCAAACUUUUUAACCUCUCUCGCGAUGACGACGUCCGAAAGUACGUUGUUCGCCGAAAGGUCUCAAAGGAAGGCAAGAAGGACCGGUUUAAGGCUCCAAAGGUUCAGCGUCUGAUCACACCUGCGAUUAGGGCUCGCCGUGCCAAGAAGGUUAAGGUCGCAAUGGAGAAGGUUCGCAAGUCCGCUGAGGAGCGUAGGGAAUACCUGCGGUUGAUUGGCUCUCGUCGCCGCGCAGCUCGUCAGCGCAAGACUGCCAGCCGUCACGACCACAAGGUUGCCGCGCAGAAGGUAGAGGUUGCCGUAUUCAAGGCAAAGAAGUAA